CUCGUCUAUCUGACAAUGCACUGUUUCGUCAGUGUUAUCACACUUCUCUUGUCCGCACUUCUGCAUCCAGCAUUCUCAAGUUUGACAGCUGCUUCAUACGUAUAUAUGCAGAUAUUGAAACACACAAUUGUUUUCAUUUGUGCCCAUCUGUUUCAAUCCGCGUUAGAACUUUUGUCGACGCUAACUCACAAUUGACUUGACUGAGUACUGUCUCCUUCUGAGAUGUUGCAGAUUGCAGAUUCAGAGUUCAACUUAUAUUUAUGAUCGUUAAAAAGUUUUUUCGUGAGAAUGGAACCCGAAAGAGAUCAGCAUCAACCUCAAGAUGCAUGGGAAAGUGUACCUAUCGAGUUCCUGAUCAAGAUUCUCAGAUAUCAUGAUCUGCCAGUUUCCACUCUUCUGGAAUGUCGUUCAGUUUGUAAGAAAUGGAGGGAAAUAAUAGAUGGUCCCGAAUUACGGAAGAAAAUCUGGAAUCAUUCUGUUAUUGUUUUUAAUGAACAUCGUGAAAAUACGGCCCAUUUCUGCUGUAGAGAUCGAUGGAUCACAAGGAAUCUCCCACACCUCGUUGUGCCAAAGGAGCUGGUCGCUGCUGAUGGAGGCCUACUGUGUUUCGGUGAGCGACUCUCAAGAGCAUAUGUCAUGUAUAACCCAGUUCCGGACGAAGUCCUGUUUCUUAGCGUACCUCGUGAAAUCGAUGGAGGAAAUACAGUCAUUAAGGAUAAGCUGAAGUGUAAGGUGGUCGGUUUAGUCGUGGACCAAUAUACGAAAAACUUCAAGCUGGUUUUUGGAGGAGUUCUAGUCGCAACAGAUAGACACAGAAAUUUGAUUUAUGAGUCCACAACCGGUACAUGGUCGUGGGGAAUUCAUCCGUUUCCUGAAUCAAUGAAAGACGUGUGGGGUACUGGGAGAAGUGUAGUAUGUGAUAGGUGUCUGUAUUGGCUCGUACGGGAUGCCUCUAGGGGCAAGAUUAGGGCUCUCUUGAUAUUUGAUUUGGAAGAGGGAACGUGGACCUCAUUGGUAGAGAAAUCCAUGGAGGCCACGCCAUUUGACCUUCAACUGGCUGCGUAUGAACGACAUGUGUGCCUACUUUCCAGUAAUUGGUCGAAGAAAAAUGUGAAUGAGAAAUUUGAUCGUAGAAGCGAUGUCGCCAACUUCCUCCGGAAUCCCAUGGUCCGGACGAUGGAUGGAGCUUUGAUCAAGAGAACUAGAGAUCUAUAUGAUCGAGAUAUGAUCACGAGACGGAGAUAUCCUUUCAAUUUGGAGGAAGAAUUGUACGAAGCAAGAGAUGAUGCUGCUCUCUGGAGAUUUUUAGAUAAAUGGGCUCUAGCUUAUCACACAGUUGUCAACUUCUACGCCACAGGAGGCAGUGAUGCAUUUUUCGUCUUCGAUCAAGAAGAUAGAGACCUUGAGGUGGUGAAAUAUUGGGCUGAAUUAGACUUGAUAUUUUUUCUACCCGAACCUCCUUUCCACUCCAGCAAUCGGUUUCAUUACUCUGAAUACAGUAUGAUCCCGGACGACCCUUGGUGUGCGAUAAUUCCAAGUCCCAGAGGAAGUGCACGGCAGGGAUGGAAAAAAAAGCAGGAGUUUAUGGACUAGCUGGUUUAAACAAAGGAAGUCAUACAGGACGCGUCAGAUGCCUUUCAGAUUAGUGCGUAUGAAGGUCGUGUGUGUGCUUACUUGUCAUGGAUAUGACUGAAUUUGAGUUUCAUUGUAGGAGCUAUGAUGGCAACUUCCUCCGUCAUCCAAUGGUCCGUAGAAUGAUGGAUCUCUGAGCAGGAGACCUACAUAUAUAUGGGAUAUGUAGGAUGACGGACCUUCCUUCGUCUUCGACACAUUCGAUGACGUCGAGGAAGAAGGUGAAAACCUUGAGGUGGCGAAAUACUGGUCUGAGAUAACCGUGAUCGAAUUUUUACCCCAAAUUCCUUUUUAGGAAGUCCUUCAAAGUCUUGUAUGGGUAAUCGAGCCGAAAUUCUUCCGCGACGCUUGUUGUGCAUAAUUCCAGCGCCUGGAGUAAAUACUGAGCAGGAUUGGAUAGCACAGCAGCAGAGACAUCUGUAAUAGGAGGUGGGGGAUUCUAUCAGAGAAGAGGACGUAGUGGAAGUCCGAAGAGAAGUUAUAGGAGUCUCAGGACAGAUCAGUUCACCGAAAUAUAUGUCGUUUGGACUACAUCGGUUUAAGCAACUGGAAUGUCAUUUUAAGUUCAUGUUCGUCUGGAUGGGCUGGC